GUAAGCAACGCAAGUAUGCGGGAACCCAAAAGGCGCAUUUUAUUUCUCUCCCAAAUAAUAAAUAAAAGAAAAAGGAAAAAGAAGAAGGAAAUCGAUGUUGGCCGAACCUAGAUCCGGAAGCUUUUCUGCUGAUUUAUUCGCAUUUCAUCAAUCGACGGAACCCUAGAUCCUGGGGAUUAGGUUACUGGAUGAAGAAUUACGAGCAGGAGCAGGAGCUGCAGGAUGAAGUUCUGGCGCAUGACCGGAUUGAUCGCGGCCUCGCCUGUGGAUAUUAUUCUGGACAAGGGGAACUUUACAUUGGAAGAGCUUCUUGAUGAGGAGGAAAUAGUUGACGAGUUAAAAGCUCGAAAUUCUCGGCUCAUUAGCUAUUGAUGGACAUACUUUUCUCCUUCUUGGAACCGGAUCAUCAACAUAAUACCUUGUUGGCUGGAUACUUUAGCAAGGUUGUUAUGUGCUUAGCAUUACGGAAGACAGCUGCACUUAUGAAUUAUAUUCAGGAUCAUCAAGAAAUUCUUCGGCAGCUGGUUGAUCUGAUUGGCAUCACAUCUAUUAUGGAGGCGCUGAUUCGGUUGAUUGGUGCUGAUGAAAAUGCAAAUUAUGUUGAUGAAAUGCAGUGGUUAAAGGACACAAAUGUACUUGAAAUGAUUGUAGAUAAAUUCAGCUCAUCUGAUUCUCCUCAAGUGCAUGCAAAUGCAGCUGAAGUGCUUUGUGCUGUAAUUCAAUAUGCUCCUCCUGGACUUGCUGCUAAAAUUUGCAGUUCGAGUUUCAUGGGAAGAUUAUUUCAUCAUGCAUUGGAAGAUUCCAGACCGAAGUCUGUUCUAGUUCACUCGUUGUCUAUAUGCAUAUCUUUACUGGAUCCUAAGAGACUAGUUUCAGCUUCAUAUAACUUAUUCCGGAGCCAAUUAACUCAUGGAUCUUUGGUUGUUGCUGAUCCAGAAACUGUUGACAGGAUGCUGGAGAGCUUAGGUGAUCUAUUGAAACUAUUAGAUGUAUCUUCUGCUGCAAUUUUUUUUCCUACCACGUACGGAUACUUGAAGCCGCCUUUUGGAAGACAUCGUCUCAAGAUUGUGGAGUUUAUUUCUGUUCUAUUGACGAUUGGUAGUGAAGCUGCUGAAAGGCAACUUGUUGAACGAGGAGCUAUCAAACAUAUCCUAAAUAUGUUUUUUGAAUAUCCUUUCAAUAACAUUUUGCAUCGCACUGUGGAAAACAUCAUAGCGCUAUGCUUAGAGAGUAAGAGUGAUAUUCUUAUUCAGCACCUUCUCUUGGACUGCGAUAUUGUCAAUAAAAUUCUUGAUGCUGAAAAGCAGCCCUUACUGUCAGCUGAUUGCAGUAAGCCAACCAUAUCUACACGGGGAAGAUUGCCUCCAAGAAUAGGAAUUUUUGGACAUAUGACACGGAUUGCUAACAAGCUUCUUCGAUCGGCAAACAGUAGCAGCAUAAUACAAACACACCUGCAGGAAAAUAAAGAAUGGGUUUUUUGGUGUUCAAAUAUUCUCCUAAAACGAAACGCCACUGAAAAUGUCUGCCAAUGGGCUUGUGGACGACCUAAUGCUCUGAUGGACCAGCUUAGGGAUUUUGGCAAUGAAAGCGUCGGAGAUAGGGACGAUGAUGUAGCCGCACUCUCGAACAAUUUUAAUGAAGCAAUUAGCUAUGAGGGUACUGAAGAGGAUAUGGACUCUGACAAUAGAUUUGCGGAAGUUACAUCAUCUGAUCAUACUGCUGAGGAUCCAGAGAAUGUCUCUCUCUCCACAAAUGCAGGUUGGUUUUCUCAUGAAGAAGGUAGAGUUGGUUCUGAGAGCGAUGCAGAAGAACUGGGAACUUCUACUGUGGACAAUGGUCCUAUGAAAGGAUCAGAGGAUACAACACCAUUGAGUCUACUUACUCGCAAUGAGGAGCUAACUGAGUCGAAUGAAGACAUCUCUGAUUCAAAUGAAUUACCUGAUUCAGAUGCUUCUUCAGCAGAUGAGGAUGGGCUGAAUACCGGCAAUAUGAUCAAAGCAAAUGAAGAAGAUUGUAAAGAACAUGCUAUCACUUUUGAUUUGAAAUUUUUUCCUGCACCUAAAACUGGGGAUAUACAUGCUGGUCCAUCCGAGGAAGCCAUAGAGAUCACCACUGAUACCACUGAAUAUUUAUGCAAGGUUCUGACAUUGACACAGAGGAGCCAGGACGUUCUACUGUGGACAAUGCAGAAGAUACAAGACCGUCAAGUCUACUUAAUUGCAGCGAUGAGCCAACCGAGUCAAUUGGUGGCAUUUCUGAUUCAGAUGAUUUACCUGAUUCAGAUCCAAUUGCUUCUCCAGCAAAUGAAGACGCAACGAAUACAGAUGAUACAAUUGAAGCAAGAGGAGAAGAUUUUAAAGAAGAUGCUUGUGUCAAUAGCGAAAAUUCAUGUGCUGAGAUCACAACUAGUCCCGCUGCAACUCCUUCAGCUGAUGAAGAUGAUGAUAUUCUAGCGAAGCAGGCUGUUUCAUCAGAGGAUCAAAAGCAUGAGCAGAAUUCAUCACGGGGUCAAGGCGGGUAACUUGCAGCCUGGUAUUCAAUGACCUCAUGCGACCUUCGGGUCAACACAAUGAGGGAUUUGUAGUUUAUGAGGCUAAUGCAUUCUUUAGCUCCAUUGAUGGUCGUCAAUGCUGCAGAAAUUGAAUUUGUAACGGAAAUUCAAGGGUUGAGUUUUUUCGUCGUUUAUUGGAAAUCCUAUCAAAAUCACCAUACUUGUACAUUUCUGGCGCCGAUUAAAGUUAGAACGCACUUAACCUGUUGAGCGUUUGAGCUGCACAAUUGAGCUUGAAUUUAAUGCAGCAGAUGACUGAAUUUUGCAGAAAGCCACUCGGUAUUAUGUUCUUUUAGCAUCAAGGAAUGCUUUUGAGUUGAUCACUAUCCUAGUGAUCCGGGUUGACCAGCUGCUUUUUUUUU